GUCAUAAGCAUAACUCUUAUACGGAUAUAUUUAUAGCAAUAUUUUUUUAACUCCCUUUGUAACUUUGCCACGCUGGGCUUGGGAGCCGCCCACUCGCUGCUUCCCCGUCAUGUGUCCCUGAUAUCUAAACGGACUCGACACGGGAGCACAAGAAGAAGCUUUUUUAAAAUUAUUUUCCACGCGUAAUUUUCACCAGCACCAUGAUGCUCGGCCUGACUGCAUGGCGUUUCGGACCAAGGUUCCUUGGCAGGCGCGUGAUGGCACUCGUGACCCCGAGUAGCGCCACCAUGGCGAGUCACGGUCAUGCUGAUGUAAGCGAGAUAUCGGACAUGUCCAAGCCCGUGUACUGUGAUCGUAUGGACACCCCGUUACCGGACAGGGCCUUCAAGGAUGAGUUGAGCGCUGCCGACAAGACUCUCAAGGAAAAGGAGAAAGGGCCCUGGAACCAAUUGACCAAAGAGGAGAAGAUAGCCUUGUACCGCCUGAUGUUCCGUAAGACUUACCCAGAGAUGAAGCAGAAAACAGACGAGUGGAAGACGGUCAUGGGGGGCAUCUUCAUCUUUUUGGGCCUCACCGGGCUGCUGGUGUGGUGGCAGUCCAUCUAUGUGUACCCCGCGCAACCGCGGACCUUUGACAGUGAGUGGCAGGCCAAACAAAUCCAGAGGAUGUUGGACAUGAGGGUGAACCCGGUCGAAGGUUUGGCCUCCAAGUGGGACUAUGAGAAGGGCCAAUGGAAAUAGAAGAAAAUAAAGCAGCACAUCCUCAAUGCGUCAUCACAUGAUAACCGUACAAUAAUAAAAUUUGAUCUCCGUCCAA